AUGAGGACCAUCGCCGUGUUCUGGGUUCUACAGGUAGUGACGGGCAGUGACCAGGUCUGCAGGCUGACCAGCACGGAGCUCACGGGGAUGGAAGUGACGGGGGACAUCAUUAUCGGGGCUGUGUUACCUCUACACCUGGAUCAAACAUAUCCGGAAAAUUACUACAGAGAGAAACCAGCCCCGGCCGUCUGCAAACCAUUUUCGUUUGAGAAUUAUCAGCAAACCCAAGCGAUAAGAUUCGCCGUGGAGGAGAUCAACCGGAACCCAGAUCUUUUACCCAACGUCACCCUGGGCUUUCGGGUCUUUGACUCCUGUACGGUUCUACAGAGGAUAGUGGCAGGAACGCUGCAGCUGCUGACCGGCCAGGGGCAACCUCAACCAAAUUACCACUGCCAACAAGAUGCCCCUUUGGCGGCUAUUAUUGGCCACUCGGUGUCCACCUACUCAAUCCUGAUGGCUCAUAUCCUGGGGCUGUACCGAUACCCGCAGAUCAGCCAUUUCUCCACCAGCUCUCUGCUCAGCGAUCGGACACAGUUCCGUUCCUUCUUCAGGACUGUCCCCAGCGACACCUUCCAGUCCCGAGGCCUGGCCCAGCUAGUGUUGCAUUUUGGAUGGAACUGGGUGGGUCUGGUAGCCAUUGAUAAUGAUUAUGGUCAGCAGGGCAUUCAGAUGAUCAAACGGGAUAUCCUAAAGGCUGGUGCAUGCGUGGCCUUCACAGAGAACAUUAUGAUAAGCCAACAAGAUCGCAAUGCUCCUCAUAUAGCUCGUGUUAUUAAGGAGUCAACAGCCAAGGUAGUGGUUUUCUUCUCAACUGACAUAGACUUGGUCCAUAUUCUGGAUGAAAUGUUGAAACAAAACGUGACAGGAAAGAUAUGGGUGGCCAGUGAAGCUUGGGCUACCUCUCCAUUCCUAGCGGUGGGAAAAUACUCCAGAUUUCUCUCUGGCACUAUUGGAUUUGCCCUUCACAGUGGAACCAUGUCAGGUUUGAGAGAAUUUCUCAACAGCAUCCACCCUUCCAUGUCUGUAGGAAGAGAAUGGGUGAGACUAUUUUGGGAAGAAGCUUUUGGUUGUAAAUUUCUGGAUGACAUAAACAUUACCAACUCCCAAACACCCCCAAUAAAAGCAUGCACAGGAUCUGAAAAUCUUCAAAGCCUCCAGAACAAUUACAACGAUGUCUCUGGCUUAAGGGUCACCUACAAAGUUUACACAGCAGUUCGUGUUGUCGCUAAAGCUCUACAAGAUUUGAACAUGUGCAAAAAUGGAGAAGGUCCAUUCUCUAAUGGAACAUGUGCCAGUCUUUGGAACUUCAAGCCAUGGCAGCUUCUACAUUACAUGAAGAAAGUACGUCUGGUAGAAAGCAGUGGCCGAGAACUCUUUUUUAAUGAAAACGGGGACCCCCCGGCGGUGUAUGACAUUGUGAAUUGGCAGCGGGGCCCGGAGGGAAGAAUCAGACAGGUGAAAGUGGGCAGCUAUGACACCAGCGCCGGCACCGAGAGCAUUUUCACUAUUGAUAUCAAUUUUAUUCAGUGGGGAACUGGUGAAAAGGAGGUCCCAACCUCAGUUUGUAGUCAAAGUUGUCCUCCAGGGUUCAGAAAGGCUUCUAUAACUGGGCAACCUGUGUGUUGCUUUCAGUGCAUCCCCUGCCCAAAUGGUGAAAUUUCUAACCAAACAGACUCACUGGAUUGCUCUAAAUGCCCAUGGGAUAUGUGGCCAAAUGUCCAACAGAAUGUUUGCACCCCGAAGCCCAGAGAAUUUCUAUCAUAUGAAGACCCUUUGGGUGCAACCCUGGCUGCUACCAGCGCGUCCUCGUCAUUAGUCCCCUUCGCAGUCUUUCUGCUUUUUAUCCAUUAUAAAACUACUCCUAUUGUUAGAGCCAACAACUAUUCUCUGAGUUGCCUCCUGCUUGUGUCUUUGUCCUUCUGCUUCCUCUGCUCUUUGGCAUUCAUUGGCUACCCCCAAACUGAGAAGUGUCUUUUGCGUCAGGUCACCUUUGGCAUUGUUUUUGCCCUCUGCGUCUCCUGCAUUUUGGCCAAAACUGUGAUGGUAGUUUUUGCCUUCAGAGCUACAAGACCAGGAAGCAGUCUGAAGAAAUGGACCAACCCACUGGUGUCUUAUGUCAUUGUGGCUUCAUGCAUCAUUAUCCAGACUUUCCUCUGUAUCUUGUGGCUUUUUCUCUCACCUCCUUUCCUAGAACAUAACAUCAAAAUCAAACCUGGGAUAAUUAUUAUGGAGUGUAAUGAAGGAUCUCCUGUUGCCUACUGGUGCAUGUUGGGGUAUCUUGGUCUCCUGGCUACCAUCAGUUUCAUUGUUGCGUUCCUGGCCCGGCGACUCCCAGACAGCUUCAAUGAGGCUAAGUUUAUCACCUUCAGCAUGUUGGCCUUCCUCUGUGUCUGGAUAUCCUACAUCCCGGCCUCUCUUAGUGCCAGAGGCAAAUAUACUGAGGCCAUGGAGAUCUUUGCCAUACAAUCCUCUAGUUGGGCUCUGGUGAUAUGUAUGUUCGCCCCCAAAUGUUUUAUGUUAUUGUUCAGACCCAACCUGAAUUCAAGAGACCAUCUCAUGAGGAAAGAGAGAAAUCAAACCCCUGGAGAAGAAGAGCAGCUCGACCAUCUGCUAGUUGAGGAGAGGACUAAGAUGUCAACGAAAGAACCAGGAAGACAGAGACCUAGCGAUCCCGCUGCUGGACUUCUACAAGCCCAAGAGGAAGACGUUCUACUUGAACGCUCCAAAGAGCUGGCGGACUUGCUAUUCAAGAAGAUUGGAAGUCGACAACUGUAG